AUGGGCGAUGUAGAGCGCGUCUCGGACGGUGCACGCGGGAACGGGCCCGUUGUUUCGGCGGUGGAGCGCGCGGGACGCGUCACUGUUAUAAGGAGGGUCCCGGAUACCGUUCAAGACACGAUCGACUCCGGCAACAUGCAGCUCCUCGUAGCAUCCAGCCUCCUCCUCUUGGCGGCGAGCAUCGGCCCCGUAUCGAGGUCGGAUCCUGCAUUUAAACCGACACCGACGUGUGCGAACCGCGUAGGAAACGUGGUUCAGCUUCGCGUCCAUAAGAACAGCCCUGGAGCGUGGGUCGAGCAUAAGCCGAGGCAUUCGGAAGGGGCAGAAGCGUCAAUGACCAUGCGUGUCCCUCUGGCGAUUCGUCGAGCAAUCGACGGCCGCGCGGCAAACGCAAACCGUUUCACACCAAUCAUAGCGGCCGGCGGCGAUUCCGCUAAUGAGCCGUGUCCGCGUCGAUCAGCCGGCGGCAAAAACUAUGCAGCGGAAACGUGGAAGGAAGACGAUGGGGGGGGGGGGGGGUACGGGCGACAGACGGAUCUAAAGCCCACGCUCAUGUGCACACCAGAAAAAGAGUGCAAGCUAAACGGCGUUCGCGUCGAGGCUGGUGCAUUCCGCGGGGGGCGACGGGGCGUGGCGGGGGGGGGGGGGGGGGGGGGGGGAUUGGUGGAGCGAGCCGUCCUUGGUCUCGACUCCACCGCGCGUCCGCCCUCAUCUCAAUCCCCUUUAUUGCGUUAUCCGACCACGUACUGCCGCUGGCCGUUCUCACUGACGCGUCGCCUUCGACGUGCUCCGACGGGUAUUCGAAUGCGUUUUUGCGACCGUUCGGAAAUCAAAUUCGAACAACAAGGGCGCGAAGAAUUCAAGAUAGCAAAACUUUGGAACGCCAAAGCACGUGAAUGUGGCAGCUGCCCUCCGCUCGUUGCGCGUUGUAACGUAACUCGUGUCCUCAGCGAGGGCGAGUGGCAGCGGACUGGUUUGGUAUUAUGUAACGCAGUGCACUGCAGCUAUGCGUCCGGAAGCCGUGCCGUGGCGCCAACGCAGCUCUGCUUACGGUCACGCACGCCAUUAUCGAUGCCUGAGCGGCUUCGGAAGGCCGUAUCUAGUGAGACAUUAAGUGGACAGGGCAGCCGCGGCCCGCGAACCGGUCGGUACACAAGCAAUGGCGUCUCUAAAAAUAGUACCCGAGCCUCCCUUAAGACGCUUGUCCCUCCAAGCGCUCCGCUCCGGGUUCCUCCAAGCGCCGACUUCGCUUCAAACGACCCCAUAUACAAGGAUUCGCCUCUAUCUCACAGCAGGAGUAUUCCUCGCGCGCACUUCGGACGUGACACGACGUGCCCCCUCUAUGGACCCCACCACUUUCCUCAGCUAUACCUCUUUACGCUCGAAAUGCUCGGUUAUUUCUUACUAGCGGACCCAACAGCUCAAAGGAUAACGACGAUACAACUGGAUGGCGUUCAAUAUUUCAUAUCCAGGAUGAAUCCAUACAGUCCGGAGCUGAAUUACUUCCUAGCGUACCAGUACUGCAGAUCUUUGGGUCUACAAUUGGCUUCUUUUGAAACAAAGGAAAAGGCGGACUCCAUAACAACUUAUCUGUUGAACGCAGGAUACAACAAAUACGACUUCUGGACGUCGGGCAACAAUUUGGGUACUGACAUGUAUCUGUGGAUGAGCACGGGGCUCCCGUUCAAUGCCACCUUCAAUUACAUGCGCCGUAUGAGCAACGUCACGCCUUAUCAGCACACCGACGACAGCAUGGACCCCGUCGACCUUCCCCAAGGGAGCACCGCACCUCAGCGUACUGCUAGGCACGGGUAUUCCAGGACAGAGCACGUGAUGGCGAAUGGUUGCGUCGCUCUCAGGCAGCCCGAAUUCCACUGGGAGCCCCAACACUGCGGCGAGAUCAAGGACUUCAUCUGCGAGCAGACUCGCUGCUACUACUACAACUACGGCUCCAUCCCCGUGUCGUCGGCGCAGGGGAAACCGCUGUCCCUGACGACCACGACGACGGCGCACCCACUCACCUCGUCGCCGCCGCCGCCGCCUCGCUCCGAGCACCUGCCCACCCACUUCAACAUCAGCGUGCUGUUCGACAAGCUGCAGCCGUCAUCGCUCGACGGGCUGCGAUCGCCUCACCUGAAGGGCGGCAUCGCGGCGAGCAAGUCCUCGCCCCAGAUCGAUUCGCACUACUCGCGCGCCGCUGACGCCCGCAGUCACGAGCAAGAGGAGAAGGAGGAGGCUACCCAGGGGCCUUACGAGGGCGAGGAGGGCAUGCUUGGCGACGACGCGUCGGCCUAUCUCGGGCAGGAGGGGCGCGACGCCGUUGAGCCAUCGCCGUCGACCGCCGAGCCGGACGCUACCGAGCACUCCGUCCACGCUAGCGGCAUGCUAGCACCACCCGCCUAC